CAGGGUGAAGGAGGAAUGAUCUUGGCUUGCUCCGAUCCAGCAUGGUAGCAGUGCUCAACUGGUCAUCCAUUUUAGCACUGCCUCCAAAGGAAUGGAGCUCCUGCUCUCCUUCAUCCCCAACCCUCCAACUUCAUCCUCUUCACCUCUUCUCUGUCACCACUGCUCCCAUCUUUGCUAUUUUCAACCCAAGAUCAAGACCAAGUCUUUUCACGGACUCUUCCUCUCCUUCCGAUCCGUCAAGGCUUCUGCUGAGCCCACCACCAAGAGGAUCCACCACGUAGAGACUCCGCCUCCCUUCAACAAACCCUCCGUGGAGGGUUCGUCAUUCAAUACCGCUUUAAACGAUGCUGACUUACCCGUUUGGGAUAAGGUUGGUGCUCUUGUCAGGCUCACUUAUGGCAUCGGGAUAUACGGUGCCAUGGCUGUGGCGGGAGGUUUUAUAUGCUCGAUCACUGGUAUUGACGCCAUGGGGGGUUUUCAUCUGUCUUCAGAUUGCAUUUUACAAGGGCUCGGUUAUGCUGUUCCACCAAUUAUGGCUCUUCUGUUUAUACUUGAUGAUGAAGUUGUCAAGCUUUCACCCCAUGCCCGUGCAAUCAGAGAUGUCGAAGAUGAGGAACUCUGGAGUUUUUUUUAUGGGAUGUCCCCUUGGCAGUUUAUACUGAUGGUUGCUGCAAGUUCGGUGGGAGAGGAGCUCUUCUACAGGGCUGCUGUUCAGGGGGCAUUGGCUGAUAUAUUUCUACGAGGCAGUAAUCUCAUGGCUGGUGCUCGAGGAAUGGCAUCACUAACAGGAAUAUUACCAGCAUUUGUUCCAUUUGCUCAGGCAUAUGCUGCUGUACUUACCGCUGUCCUCACCAGUUCCCUCUAUUACAUGGCUGCAUCUCCCAAAGAUCCCAAUUACGUUGUUGCUCCCGUUUUAAAUUCUCAUCCCAACCGUCAGGACUUCAAAAAGCUUUUUGAAGCUUGGUAUGAGAAAAGGCAAAUGAGGAAGAUCUAUUCGCCGCUUCUGGAAGGACUCUUGGCUCUCUACCUAGGUUUCGAAUGGGUCCAGACAAACAAUAUUCUUGCCCCCAUUAUUACCCACGGCAUAUACUCUACCGUUAUAUUGGGACAUGGCCUUGUGAAGAUACAUCACCACCGACUUAGACUGCGUCGAAGAGUCCAUCAGCUCCGUUUGGAAGAAAGAAAUGAAGUGUAAGGGCAAUUCUUUUUCUUUUUCGAUGAUAAACUGCAAGUGAAUCUUGAGAUGACAACGUCAAGUUGGCCAAAAAUUUGCACAUUAUGUAUAAGAGCUGUUGAUCAUCUAGACGCAAGGUAUGAUUGAUGUAAUUACCAAUGAUUGUAAGUUUUUUUUUUUUGGAUGAAAAUAUGGAAAAGCUAUGUUACUUGCUAA